UGCACAGGACAAAGUAAAACGUCAGAAAAUGGUUAUGACGCAUGAAAGCGAAAGUAUUUGUCAGAGGGAAGGCGCUCUGCUUGUAAAAGCAUGCUCUUUGAUGGCCAUCGUUUAUUUGUAGUGUAAUGCCGCAGGGUUUCCUACACCGUUGCUUUUGUGAAAGCACCCCCGCCGCUUCCUUUUGAGACGCCGAUGGCGGUGAAAGGUAAGGGUGCUGCUAAAAAGUUCCACCACCGCCGCCCGAAGCAACUUGACCGAGACUUAGAGGAGAUUGCAUUUUUGGAAGCAACCAUCAAGGCGGGAGCGCCCCCAUCAGGCUCAAACCCACUCGCUUCUAACCCCUUGAAAGAUGGACAGAAGGCUUCUCAAGCAUCAGAAGGCGCGUCAGAACUCCAGCCUUAUGCAGGGGUCCGAGCGUUCGACGAGCUGCCGAUAUCAGAGAGGACGAAGAAGGGGCUGAAAGAAGCGAAGUAUGUAAGCAUGACAGCGAUCCAGAGGGCCGCCAUUCCGCACGCCCUGGCAGGGAGGGAUGUGCUGGGGGCUGCUAAAACGGGGAGCGGGAAGACGCUCGCUUUUCUGGUGCCUACGCUGGAGAAGCUGUAUAGGCUGAGGUGGGGUCCAAUGGAUGGGGUGGGGGCGCUUGUGAUCUCCCCCACACGAGAGCUGGCGCUGCAGAUCUUCAGCACGCUCAAGACGGCUGGCAAGCACCACAACCUGAGUGCGGGGCUGCUGAUUGGAGGCCACUCAGUGGAGCAGGAGAAGGAGCGCAUAAAUUCCCUCAACAUCCUAGUUUGUACCCCGGGGCGCUUGCUGCAACACAUGGACGAGACGCCCAACUUUGACUGCUCCCAGUUACAGGUCCUGGUUCUCGACGAGGCUGACCGCAUCCUCGACAUGGGUUUCUCCGCCUGCGUCAACGCAAUCCUCCGCUUCCUCCCCAAGACCGGCCGUCAGACUUUCCUCUACAGCGCGACACAGACGAAAUCCGUGCGUGAUCUCGCACGGCUGAGCCUGAAGCACCCUGAGUAUCUGAGUGUUCACGCGGAGGCGUCGGCAGCAACCCCCCUGAAACUGCACCAGACGGCGAUCAUGUGCCCGCUGGAGGAGAAGCUGGAUAUGCUGUGGUCGUUCAUCAAGACGCACCUCAACACCAAGACGAUAGUGUUCUUGUCGACGUGCAAGCAGGUCAAGUUUGUGUACGAGGCGUUCAAGCACCUGCGCCCCGGCGUGCCGCUCAAGGCGCUGCACGGCAAGAUGAAGCAGGCGAAGCGGAUGCUCGUCUUCCAGGAGUUCUGCGACUCAAAAGCCGCGGUGCUCUUUGCCACCGACAUCGCCGCCCGCGGGCUCGACUUCCCGUCCGUCGACUGGGUCGUGCAGGUGGACUGUCCCCCGGACGCUGCCGAGUACAUCCACCGGGUCGGGAGGACCGCCCGGUACACGAGCGCCGGGCGCAGCCUGCUGUUCCUGCUGCCAUCGGAGCAGGCUAUGGUGCAGCAGCUCCGGGAUGCUAAGGUGCCUGUGAAGGUGAUAAAAGCGAACCCGACCAAGAUCCAGUCCACCUCUUCCAACCUGGCUGGGGUCCUGUCUCAAGACCCGGAACUCAAAUACACCGCCCAGCGCGCCUUCGUCUCCUACCUCCGUUCGGUUAACCUCCAGCCUAACAAGGAGGUAUUCGACGUAACCCGCCUUCCGAUCACGGAGUUUGCGGCUUCGCUAGGGCUGCCAAACGCGCCAAGGAUCCGGUUUAGGAAGAAGGGCGCGGCAAAAGAGGAGGGUUUAGGGCUCAGCCCGAAAGUUAACCCGGAGGAGAAUGGGGGAGGGGAGGAGAAUGGGAGCGAAGAGAACGAGGACGAUGGGAAAGCCGGUGGUGUGAAUAAGCCGGGGAUGAGCGGGAGAAGAAUCGCGGAGAACGGGCGAGGUGACGUGGAUGAUGACGUCACGAAACUUAGAACAAACGAAAAGGGAGGGAAAGAAACAGCUUCGGAGGGAGCGACUGAAAGCGGAGGAUUGGUUGGGGAAGCGAACGGAGACACGGCGAAAGAAGCGAAGAAGCGAUCGAAAAUGGAGCGCCUCUUCGGGCGCAAGAACGCCGACGUGCUCUCGGACGCGUACCAGAAGCUGCGCGCGUCGGACGAUGACGAGGCUGCUGACAUCAGCGGUGACGAGGCGGGGGAUCUGCUGCGCGUGAAGCGGAAGAACCACGGGCUCGACGGAGAGGACGGGGAGAGCAGCAAGGGGGCGCUCGUGAAAACCGCGAGCAAGAAGAAGCGGAUGAAGAUCGAUCCGGGUGCGGCGGGCAACAAUCGGCUAUUGUACGACGAGGAGGGGAACACUCUGGACCCUCUGGCAGCGCUGUCGAGAGACCGGGACGAAUCGGGAGUCGACAACCGGCAGAGGACAAUGAAUCUGACGGCGGCUGAGAGGUUCAAGAAGCUGAGAGAGGAGAUGAAAGUGAAGGACGCGGAAGAUAAGCGGCUAGAAAAGGAGCGGUUGCGUGCGCUACGGCUGCAGAAGAAACGGAAGGAGAAGGUCCGCUCGGGGGAUGCCGAACGGGAGGAAAAUGCUGCGGGAGCGCAGCUCGGGGGGGCGGAAAACGGGGGCGAAGAAGGGGGGUACGGCAGUGAAUCUGACGGGGCUGCAGGUAGUGAGAGCGACGGCGACCAAAGGAGUGAUGGUAGCGAGGGAGGGGUCGCUGGGAUUGGGGAAGGGGAAGUGGGUCUGUCCGAAAGUGAUGGAGAGGGUGAUUACGGGGAUGAGGAAGCAGGAGGUACUAGCGAUGCGGACGAGGAUGUAAAAGAAGAUUGUGGAACGGGCAAGGGAAAGAGGAAACUGGGCUUGCAUAUGAAUCCAGCGGGGACACCGAGCAAGAAGGUGCGGAGGAGAGAAGCUGAGGAUUUAUCGCUGGCCGACCAGGAGGCUUUGGCUCUUAAGCUGCUAAGUAGUCGCCGUUGAGGACGUCCUCUUGAGUGCGACACCUCGCAAAUGCAGUGCAGUUUUAUCGGUUUAAGGCUGCUUGUAUCUUGUCAAUUCCAUGUGCUCU